AUGUCACUUAUGUCGCCAGUGGCCCCACAUGACGGGGUUAGUCCCAGCGAAGAAGAGGUCAACGGCGGCUGCAGCCUGGUGCUUGAUGACGCACCGCCUCUUAGCUUGCUCAUCGACGUCAUUAAUCUGUCGAAGAUAUUUUUCAGGGCUGUCAGAGGCAGGUAUUGUGGCAUGUGUACCACUACUAGCGUCACUCCGGGAGAAGAGAGAUGUCAUUUCAAUUAUGACUCCCUUAUCAAGGAUGCGGCACCGUCUAACUUAACCCACCAGUGUACCAUGGAUAUAGGGCCAGGAUUUCCAGUCAAUGAACCCUCGUGCUACGUCAACGAGGCCGGUACAGAAAUUGCGCCUUGUGAUCUGACCAACAACGAAUGUCAGCCAUCGUGCCUUACAGCUGAGAGAGAAGAUGUCUGCAUUUUCCCAUAUACUUUCCAGAAUUCAUCAUUCAACGGGUGCAUUCAAGGCUCAUUUGUAAACAGAACACUUUUCAACGGGUCAUCAGACUUCGUUUGUCCGACUCAAUUCGACUCGCAGACUGGAGAUUACUUCAACUUUCAGUUGUGCGGAGACAUUGGAGGCACAUGUGAAAUCCAAGCGACACCGGCUUGUUUCAGCGACCCGUGCGAAAACGGUGGAACUUGUCAGGAGACGGGAACUAAUACCCCCGGCUAUAAUUGCGACUGCUCAACAGCAGCCAAUUUUUUGGGGUUAAAUUGUACUCUGGAUGAUCCAUGCGUCCCAGAUCCAUGUAAUGGAGAAGCUUGCCAAGUCACUGGAAAUGACGCAGUCGGCCUUGCCUAUCAAUGUGAUUGCAGCAGUGGGAACGACAGAAUUGGCCAGAACUGUUCUGCCGAUAAUCCCUGUGUUCCAGACCCAUGCAACGGUGGAAAUUGCUCAGUGAGUGGGAACGAUGCUGUUGGAUAUAGUUUUUCAUGCGACUGCACUAAUGUAAUAGACGGAAUUGGAGAAACGUGUUCAAUAGACAAUCCUUGUGUUCCUAACCCGUGCGAUAAGGGUACAUGUGAAAUAACUGGCACGAACGGUGACUUCUCGUCAAAUUGUAUUUGCUAUAACUGCAGCACAGUGGUCGGGGCGACAACUUCAACAAUCGAAACGCUGCCUCAGAAUAUCAGCGAGUCAAUGCCAUUAACCACGACGUCCUUCGAAACAUUGACCGACAAGGAAUCGAACGAGUUCAACAUGCUCUAUGUGUACAUCGGCUGUGGGGUAGUUGCGUUUCUUGUUAUUGUUAUAGCUGUGAACACUGUGUUCUGCUUUCUUUUAAGACGAAGUCAAUUGGCAACAAAUCACAUUGAAAAAAGUAAUAACCCUGUUAAUUCUCAGCCACCAGAAGAUCCUUCUGACGAAUACGAAAAAACAGACAGCCUCAUUGGCUUUAAAUACAGGACCACCGAUCUGGGCGAAUAUGUAAACAGCCCUCCUUCGAUCAUAAUCAACAGCCCCCAGCAAAUUGAAGAAACGGAAUACACUGACGCGUAUGCGACCUCUAUAGACCCAUAUUGUGCUCCAAAAGACGACGUUUAUCAAGGUGUAUAUUACAAAGAAAAUGAUGAAGAUCCGUAUACUGAACCUACCAAUUCAAAUCACGACUCCUGAUUUUAAUCUAUAAGAUAAAUAUGUUUGCGAUGAUUCUAUCGUCUGGGUUAUCCAAUUUUUUCAAACUCUUUCAAAUAUUUUCUAAAUACA